UUUGUUGUUAAAAAAGGUAGAAAUUGUGAGUAGUUUUAGGUAUUAUAAUAACAGCGAACACGACAUUCAUUUUCCAGUGAAUGUAACGACAGGAAUUGUGGUCUGAUACAGCUAUACAGGAGAAUCUUUGGAGAGCUCCACCACACCUUCACAGGGAGACUGUCUAACAGGAAAAUCCAAUCUUUCUUUCUCUCUCUCUCCCCCAUUUAAUUUCAGCUGAAAGUUCCAACUCAACAACUCAUCAUCAGAUGCAAACCAAACCUGAAUCAAUAUUCUCAAUCCACCAACCAACACAAACCUGAAUAUCAAUAUUCUCCAUUCAUGGCAUCUUCCAAGUCUUCUCUUUUUCUUCCUCUCCCCCUCCUCUUCUUUCUCCUGCAAAUCCAGACAUCUGCCUCUUCUUCAAAAACACAAAAGACACUCCUACUGCCUCUAAAAACACAAACACAAACACCCUCACGUAAGCUCUCUUUUCAGCAUAAUGUAACACUAACUGUCUCACUAACCGUAGGCUCACCCCCACAGAACGUUACCAUGGUCCUCGACACAGGCAGUGAACUCUCCUGGCUCCACUGCAAACAACUCCCCAACCUAAACUCAACCUUCAACCCUUUGCUCUCAUCCUCCUACAUCACAGCUCCAUGCAAUUCAUCCAUAUGCAACACUCGAACUCGUGACCUUAUCCUACCCGCUUCCUGCGAUCCCCACAAACUCUGCCACGUCAUCGUCUCAUACGCCGACUCCUCCUCCGUCGAGGGCACCCUCGCUGCAGAAACCUUCUCCAUCGGUGGCGGAGUACAACCGGGAACCUUGUUCGGCUGCAUGGACUCCGCCGGGUACACCUCCGACGCCGACGAGGAUUCCAAAACCACAGGUCUCAUGGGCAUGAACCGAGGCUCUCUCUCGCUGGUGACCCAAAUGGCGCUCCCCAAAUUCUCGUACUGCAUCUCCGGGAAGGACGCCUCCGGAGUCCUCCUUCUAGGUGGGGGAGCCGCCGCCGCGCCGUGGCUGGGGCCGCUGAAAUAUACACCUUUAGUGACGGCAACUACCUCGUUGCCGUACUUUGACCGCGUGGCGUAUACGGUCCAGCUCCAGGGGAUCAAGGUUGCGGAGAAACUUCUGCAACUUCCGAAGUCGGUUUUCUUGCCCGACCACACCGGGGCGGGGCAGACGAUGGUGGAUUCGGGUACCCAGUUCACGUUUCUUCUCGGGUCGGUUUAUUCAGCAUUGAAAGAUGAGUUCUUGGAGCAAACAAAGGGGGUGCUGACCCGAAUUGAGGACCCGGAGUUUGUGUUUGAGGGGGCGAUGGACUUGUGCUACCACGCCCCAGCGAGUUUGGCGGCGGUUCCGGCAGUGACGCUGGUGUUUGAGGGGGCGGAGAUGAAGGUUUCCGGGGAGAGGUUGCUGUAUAGGGCGAGGAAGGGGAGUGAUUGGGUUUAUUGCUUCACUUUUGGAAGCUCUGAUUUGUUGGGAAUCGAAGCUUACGUGAUUGGGCAUCAUCAUCAGCAGAACGUGUGGAUGGAGUUUGAUUUGGUCAACUCUAGAGUGGGGUUCACCGAGACAACGUGUGACCUCGCCAGUCAGCGGUUGGGCCUCUCUCCUUAGAUCUUGGACACUCGUUUAUAGCCGUUUGAUUAUGAUAGUCUUUUUUUAUUGACUAAAUAUAAUCUUGAUCAAUUCUCAACCCUCGGAUUAGAGAUACUACUUAGGGAAAAUUUAAAAUCAUCUUAUAGAAUUUGGACUCUUCAACUUUACAGGUAAAGUUCGCUUACAGUUUCGUUCUACUUCAACAACCACUGCUUUCGUUUUCACUCUUUACUUACUGGAUUUGUUAUCAAAUGUGGAUUAUAAUGAUGUUUUGGAUGCUAAAAGAAUUUG